AUGGACGCAGGAUACGACGCUCUUGAAGCGGCUGCUUCCUCUUAUGCCAAAAACAGUGGUCGGGAUGACGAUUCUCGAAGUCACCGAAGCCACCGUGAUAAGGAUUACGACCGAGACCGAGAGAGGGAAAAGAGACACAGGGAUCGAGGAGAUAGGGAUGACCGGAGUCAUCGAGGAGGAGACAGGGAUGACAACUAUCGACCUGAAAGAGACAGCGGAAGAGAUAGAGACAGGGACGGUUACAGAGAUAGAGAUAGGGAGAGAGACAGAUAUGAUCGUGAUAACAGAGGAGGAUACGAUGAAAGAGAUAGAGAAAGGGAUCGACCUAGAAGAAGGAGAAGAGAGGACGACGAUAAUGAUUUAGCGGCUCAACCCAUGGGAGGCGGGGCUGCAGGCGGUGGUGGACAUCGUGAUAGAAGACCAAGACAUGAAGAUCCAUAUGCUCAACCUAUGAGAGGAUAUAGUCCACCACCUAGAAGAAGAAGAGACGAAGAUGAUGGAUUCAGAGGAGGUGGCGGUGGUGGUGGUGGUGGUGGUGGUGGUGGUGGAAGAGACAGAGAUAGGGAUAGAAGUAGAGAUAGGAGAAGAAGGGGUAGUCCAGGAAGAAGUCCUACUCCACCUGGAACAGUUCCAUUAGAAGAGAGACAUCUUCAGAAUUCUCAUUGGGAUAUCAGACCAGCUCAAUUCGAAGGUGUUGGCGCUAUGGAAGCCAAGAUGACUGGAAUGUUCACUUAUGGUCCUGGACGAGUACCGCCUCCUGCCUCUUUAGGUGUUCCAUCUCAACUCAUGGCUGGAUCUUUCCCUCCUGCUAAUCCAGUUCGACAAACCAAGAGAUUAUACGUUGGAGGUAUAAAUGAUAGAAUGUCAGAACAACAGAUUCAGGACUUCUUCAUCAAGUUGAUGCAAGAACACAAGUUGGCAGUAGAUAUGCCUGGUGAACCAGUAGCGACAUGUCAAAUUAACAAUGAAAAGAACUUUGCUUUUGUCGAGUUCCGAACUGCCGAUGAAGCUACAGCAGCAUUGCAGUUUGACGGAGUGAUGUAUGAUGGACAGCCACUGAGAGUAAGAAGACCUAAAGAUUAUUCUGGAGUAGAUCCAUUAGCAUCAACAUUUGGUGUACCAGGAGGAUCAAUGGUUGAUUCACCCAACAAAUUAUUCAUUGGUGGUUUACCAACAUACUUAAAUGACGAACAAGUAUUAGAAUUAUUAAAAGCGUUUGGUGAAUUAAAGACAUUCAAUUUGGUUAAAGAAAGUGCAGGUGUAUCAAAGGGUUUCGCAUUUUGCGAAUAUAUGGAUUCAACAGUGACGGAUAUGGCCAUUCAAGGUUUACAUAACUUCGCUUUGGGUGAUAGAGUUUUAGUUGUUCAAAGAGCUGCUGUGGGUAGAAAUCAAGGUCCUGCUCACGCCAUGCCUGGUUCCGCUGCGUUCCUGCAACAAGCUGUCCCAAACAUCCUGCAAUCAGCUCAUGCUGACGCACCACCUACACGAGUCAUGUUGUUACUCAACAUGGUCACACCCGAAGAGUUGUACUCAGAUGAAGAUUAUACCGAGAUUUUGGAAGAUAUCAAUGAUGAAUGUUCCAAAUAUGGUCAAGUCGAAGGUGUAAGAAUACCUAGACCAACACCUAAAAACAAAAAAUGGGCACCUGGAGAUUCAGCUGCUGCAUCAGCGGAAAAGAGCAGGGCAAUAGAUGAAGAAAAUGGUGUAGGAAGAGUUUACGUCAUGUACAAAGAUGUUGGAUCCGCUUCAAAAGCAAUGAAUGCCAUUGGAGGUAGACAAUUUGGUGGAAGGACUAUCUUGGUAGCCAAUGUACUAGAGGAAGAAUUCCUUGGACCUGCACCCCCACCACCUCCUCCUCCAGAAGGCGAAGCUCCAGCGCCUGAAGAAUCAGGUAGUCCACCACCACCCCCACCUCCUCCACCAGAAGACCUAGAUGCGGCAGCUGCAGACGCAGUGAAAGACAUCAUGUCUGGUAUAUUAUGA